AUGUCUGAAGAUCUUUUCCAAGAGGAAGAGGAGACAUUGGAGACCGAUGUGCCGCCGCUGGAACGUGUGGUGCAACUGUUGCAGCAGCAACAAACUAAUCAUUCAAAAGAGUUGCUACAGUUGCACAAAGCUAUGCAUUUGCAACAGCAACAAUUGCAAAAAUUGCAACAGCAACUGUUGCAAGCGCAUACGCGGAACCAACCUCGAGACCUGCCGCGGAACGAACCGCGAAAUGAGCAGCAGGGAGAACCGCAGAAUCAGCCGGAGCAGCCGUUCGAACAACAGCAACAACAACAUACUACAUACAAAGUUCGACGUGGUCGAGGACGCGGAAAGUCAAGAGCACGAUGGUAUGCUCAACGAGGCCGCGGAAUGAGUGGAAAUAGAUUAUAUCCCAUAAUAAAUCAGUUUUAUGUAUAAUCUCAUCACACACACAUUUCUGGAGUUGUAAUAAAUAAAGUGCUGAAUA